UUAGUUACAUUUUACGAUUUUUACACAACUCUAAAAAAACAAAAUAAAAAUAAUAAACUUACCGGCAUUUUAUCAAUUGACGAAUUAAAUAAUUCUUUUAAUUUUAUUUGCAUGCUUUCUCAAAAACAAACUUUUACUUCUGAAUUUGAUAAGUUGUCAAAUAGUAAACCUUUAAGCCCAAAGUCAAAUAUUUUAUCGUUAUCUCCAUUUUUUGAUCAUCAGGCGAAUCUUAUAAGAGUCGGUGGCAGGCUCAGUUCAUCUGAAUAUAAAUUUGAAAAGAAGCAUCCCAUUCUUCUAAAUUCAACUCAUCAUGUGACGAAGCUUCUAUUUGAACGCGAACACGUUCGAUCUCUGCAUGCAGGACCGCAACUUCUGUUGUCGAUUAUCCGCGAGUCUGUUUGGCCUGUCAAUGGCAGAAAACUAGCUAGGCGCGUUGUCAAAAACUGCGUUACCUGCACACGUCUUCGUGGUCAGACCUAUAAUCCAAAAAUGGCUGACUUACCUGCAAAUCGCGUCAACGUUGACUUUCCCUUUAGGUCUGUUGGAGUGGACUACGCGGGCCCUUUCUUCAUUCUAAAUCGUAAAGGACGCGGUGCUAGAGUAGUUAAGUGCUACUUAUGUCUGUUUGUGUGUCUGCGCUUCAAAUGCAUUCACUUAGAGGUCGUAUCUGAUUUGACAAAAGACGCUUAUAUUAUGACACUUCGCAGAUUUGUGGCACGCCGUGGAAAGCCAACCGAAAUAUUUUCCGACAACGGUAAAAAUUUUGUUGCUGCCGCGAAAGAAUUAAAUAGUAUUCUAAAGGCUAAUCAAGAACCUCUGUCUGAGUUUGCUGCUCAGGAGGGAAUAAAAUUUUCUUUUAUCCCCGCUUACGCUCCUCACUUUGGUGGAAUAUGGGAGGCCGGGGUUAAGUCCGCUAAAUAUCAUAUAAAGCGAGUCAUGGGCAAUACCCAUCUUACGUUUGAAGAGCUUUCGACAUUGUUUGCUCAAGUUGAGGCUAUUCUCAAUAGCCGUCCUCUAUGUCCCAUGUCAUCUUCCCCGAAUGACUUCCUAUCCUUGUCCCCAGGGCACUUUUUAAUUGGAAGACCAUUGAAUGCACUACCGGCUCCUUCAUUGGAUGACGCUAAAGAGAGCUCCUUGGAUAGAUAUGGCAGACUUGAACAAAUCCGCCAACACUUCUGGAAGAGAUGGCAGAAAGAGUAUAUAUCAGAAAUGCAACUACGAACAAAAUGGAAGGUUGACAAAUCAAAAAUAAACAUUGGAGACCUCGUACUGCUUCAAGAGGAUAAUUCUCCACCACUUUGUUGGCGCAUGGGUCGUAUUGUACGAUUAUUCCAUGGAACUGACGGCGUUUGUCGAGUUGCGGACGUCGAAACUACAAGAGGCUGCGUUCGAAGACCUUUGGUUCGACUAUGUCCUCUGCCCACUUCUGAAGACCUUCAAGCUUGAAAAUCUACGCUUUUCACCGGGGGGAGGAUUAUGUCUACGCCUGUUAAUUUAUAAUAGCAAUCGCGCACCCACCAUCAUAGAUUAUCAUUUUUAUUUUUAUUUUAUUAUAUCGGGUAGAAUGUAUUUUUUUUCACUUAUCUAAAAAUACUUGUACAAAGGUGUGUCGGUCUCGAAAAUAAAUUGUUUUAAAAGGAAUAUUGAGUUUCCCUAAAGAAAUUCCAGUUCCCAAGCCUAAAGCG